UAAAAAUACAGACUCACCAGUUCCUGCUUUGAUGUGACAUGUGACUCCCCAGAAUACAUCUUGCUUCUGUAGACCAGCUCCAACAGGAUUCCAUGGUAGCUGGAAUGUUAGGGCUCAGGGAAGAAAAGUCAGAAGACCAGGAUCUCCAGGGCCUCAAGGACAAACCCCUGAAGUUUAAAAAAGUGAAGAAGGAUAAGAAAGAAGACAAAGAGGGCAAGCAUGAGCCCCUGCAGCCACCGGCUCACCACUCUGCUGAACCAGCAGAGGCAGGCAAAGCAGAGACCUCGGAAGGGUCAGGCUCAGCCCCAGCUGUCCCGGAAGCUUCUGCCUCCCCCAAACAGCGGCGCUCCAUCAUUCGUGACCGGGGACCCAUGUAUGAUGACCCCACUCUGCCUGAAGGUUGGACCCGAAAGCUUAAGCAAAGGAAAUCUGGCCGCUCCGCUGGGAAGUAUGAUGUGUAUUUGAUCAAUCCCCAGGGAAAAGCCUUUCGCUCUAAAGUGGAGUUGAUUGCGUACUUCGAAAAGGUAGGCGACACCUCCCUGGACCCUAAUGAUUUUGACUUCACGGUAACUGGGAGAGGGAGCCCCUCCCGGCGAGAGCAGAAACCACCUAAGAAGCCCAAAUCUCCCAAAGCUCCAGGAACUGGCAGAGGUCGGGGACGCCCCAAAGGGAGCGGCACUGCGAGACCCAAGGCAGCAGCAUCAGAGGGUGUGCAGGUGAAAAGGGUCCUGGAGAAAAGUCCCGGGAAGCUGCUCGUCAAGAUGCCUUUUCAAGCUUCACCAGGGAGCAAGGCCGAAGGGGGCGGCGGGGCCACCACAUCAGCCCAGGUCAUGGUUAUCAAACGCCCUGGCAGGAAGCGAAAAGCCGAGGCCGACCCCCAGGCCAUUCCCAAGAAGCGGGGCCGAAAGCCGGGCAGUGUGGUGGCAGCCGCUGCCGCAGAGGCCAAGAAGAAAGCAGUGAAGGAGUCUUCCAUCCGGUCCGUGCAGGAGACCGUGCUCCCCAUCAAGAAGCGCAAGACCCGGGAGACAGUCAGCAUCGAGGUGAAGGAGGUGGUGAAGCCCCUGCUGGUAUCCACCCUCGGUGAGAAGAGUGGGAAGGGACUGAAGACCUGCAAGAGCCCCGGGCGGAAAAGCAAGGAGAGCAGCCCAAAGGGGCGCAGCAGCAGCGCCUCCUCACCCCCCAAGAAGGAGCACCACCACCACCACCACCACUCAGAGCCCCCGAAGGCACCCGCGCCGCUGCUUCCACCCCCGCCCCCACCCCCACCUGAACCCCAGAGCUCCGAGGACCCCGCCAGCCCCCCUGAGCCCCAGGACUUGAGCAGCGGCGUCUGCAAAGAGGAGAAGAUGGCGAGAGGAGGCUCGCUGGAGAGCGACGGCUGCCCCAAGGAGCCAGCUAAGACUCAGCCCGCGGUCGCGACCGCCGCCACGGCCGCAGACAAGUACAAACACCGAGGGGAGGGAGAGCGCAAAGACAUUGUUUCAUCCUCCAUGCCAAGGCCAAACAGAGAGGAGCCUGUGGACAGCCGGACGCCCGUGACCGAGAGAGUUAGCUGACUUUACACAGAGCGGAUUGCAAAGCAAACCAACAAGAAUAAAGGCAGCUGUUGUCUCUUCUCCUUAUGGGUAGGGCUCUGACAAAGCUUCCCGAUUAACUGAAAUAAAAAAUAUUUUUUUUUCUUUCAGUAAACUUAGAGUUUCGUGGCUUCAGGGUGGGAGUAGUUGGAGCAUUGGGAUGUUUUUCUUACCGACAAGCACAGUCAGGUUGAAGACCUAACCAGGGCCAGAAGUAGCUUUGCACUUUUCUAAACUAGGCUCCUUCAACAAGGCUUGCUGC